AUGACACCUGGUGCUCCACCGUUUGAUAAUUGCCUACCAAAGCCGAAGUUUCGAGCGAACCAGAGACGUCUUCUUGGCGCUGAGCAGACCGCGACGGCUGGUAUGAGAAAGAUUUCGAAAAUCAAAGCUGAACACAGGAAGACCUCGAAGGUUUCGGGCAUUGGUGCAGAAAGUUGUGAUGACGAGAUCUCAAAAGGAAAACAAGAUUCCUUAGCAGUAAAUCUUGCUAGUUGUACCCCUAGUACAUCCGGUAAAUAUAUCGGUGACAGCCAUAUCGAGGUUAGCGACGAGGAUGGCGACAACUAUUCGUCUUGUCCUGAAGAUGUGAACAAAGGCAAAAACCAUAGCGUACAACGACUGGAUAGAUUCUGCAAAGAUGUUUUUUCGCUAAAAGAGGACGGACAUAGUGCACGCAAUUUCUAUGUUGUUAAAAGUGACGGACGACCUGCUGAAAUGUUCCGGACGGACCUUUUUGAUAAGCUGCGUAAGGGUAUAGAUGCCAACCAAGAUAGCGAUGACGAAUACAUUCCAGGAAAUGGCUUGAUUCGGAUGACAGAUAGGUGGCGUGCGGAGUGGAGUAACGGGAUACAGGUUCCAUUGAGACCAAGUUACCUGAACAGUUCUGGGGUGCGCAAGACUGUUCUCAGUCGGGAUUCUUCCAUUAACACCAGUAUUCAACGUAAAAGACGGCAAUUGAUGAAGAAGUUCUUUGCCAAACCAUUCGGACAUGCUGCAGUAGACCCACUACGCUUUUAUGAAUGCACGGCUCUAGAUAAGCAGUGGCUAAAAUUGUUGAAUGAGCACCUUUCUAAUGUGGGAAAAUCACCAUUGUCAAUGGAAAAGUUCUUGGAGAUAAUGAAUGAUUUCGAAAUCGAAUGCUACAAGAAUAUCCACCGGAAACUUCUGGAGCCACUACAUUCUCCCAGUUCCCGUGCUGCUGAGCAAGACGAUGAAGCUCCUUGUGAUAUAUGUCGAGUACAUGAAUGCGAGCCCGACGAUGAAAUGGUAUUCUGUGAUGGAUGUAACUUAUGUGUUCAUAUGUCAUGCUAUGGAUUGCAAGAGCUGCCAGCUGGCGAAUGGCUGUGCAUGAAAUGCCGACUGUAUUUUGGUCAUGAUCCUCCGUGCAUUUUAUGUCCUACGAUAGGUGGAGCACUGAAAUGUGUCGAUGAGAGCGAUGAGUGGGCGCAUGUGGUAUGCGCACUAUGGUUACCUGAAUGUCGACUAAAGCAGGAUCCGUUGAUCGUCGCUGCUGUAUUUGAAUUUUGGAGGAGGAAAAGAUUACAUCUAAAUAAUGGCAGACCGCUCAUUGACAAUCUUCAGGACGAAAUCAGGGGAAAGGAUCUAGUGGAUCUUGUUCUACGUCGAUGUUUGGCAAAACAUUCACUUACGACCGUACAUUUGAAGGCUAUUAUGGUGUUGUGUUCUAAAAGCAUUAUUGAUGAUGCAGAGAACAAAGCUGAAGAAAUUUGUAACUUCAAGGAAGCGUUCUGUGUUCAAACGAAUAGUGAUACGCAGUUCGAUAAGUCCACUUCCCCUUCAUCAUCUCUUGUAGACUUAAGUCAUCUAAGCUUGCGGCACACGCCAAGAUCUCAGAAGAAGCGGGAAGAGGAACUUGAUGAGAUGUCAUUAUCUGAUCCGUCAUGUCGUUCGCAAUUAAAUGGGUUGUUCCUAAGGAAGCGUAAAGUGAAGCAAGAAAAUUUUGUUCCUGACCAGUUGAAGGACGAGGAAAAUAUUCGAAGAAGAAGUCUUCGUAGUUGGAAAGAUCAGUCUGUAGUGGAGAAUGAGGAGACUGUCACAGUGAACAACAUUACACAGAGUGAAAAUCGAAACAAUUCAGUCGAUGUGGAACAAGCAUGUUCACCAACAUCUAAGCAAGAUCAUUAUCUAAACAGCUCUGUUAAUCGUGAACUGUCAAGUGAUGAAAUGACGAUGAACAGAGUUAACAGUUCCAUUAAAUGUAAUGUCAGUAACACCGUGGUUUCAUUGGAACAGUUUUACUCAAUCCGGAACAACAACAGAAUGAUUCUCAAGCGACGUCGAUCUGAAUCAAAGAAGCCGACAGGGAAGUUCGGUUCGCCUUUACGCAAGCGUCGUAGAACCGUAGCAGAAACCUCUACUACUAAAGUGGCACUGCUUGAAUCACUUAACUCGAAAGAUUUUGACAAGGACUCCAAACAACGGUACAGUAUUUUCUAA